UAGACAGUAUAAAAGGACACAUCUGAAAACCGAUAUGGAAGAAUCAUCUUCUUCUAUCUUCAUGGACGAAUCAUCAUCACCGGAAAACAAAUCACCACCGUCGCCGGAGGUAUUUGAGAUCGGACUAACGGAGAAAGUGAAACCACUAGCCGGCGAUUCAGCGGCAGAAUGGAUAAAUUACGCCGUUCAACAAGCUGCGAUCGCUCAAAAAGUUGCAGUGGAAACCCUAGAAUCCUCCAUUUACACUACUAAAUCCCGCAUAAAUCAAAUUAAAUCAACUUCUUCAGCUCAUUUUCAAAUGACACUUGACUCCGUGCAAGAUCUCAAGUCUGAAUAUAAAAUGUACGAGGAUUUGGUGUUUGAAAAGAUCAAAGAGGGUGUCUAUUUUAGUGCUUCACAUCCUUUUGCUACAACUGGACUGGUUAUUGGUUCAGGAAUUCUGGCUCUAAAAGGGACAAGGCGUUCUAUAUACUACAGCGCAUUGCGCCUUUUUAGCAAUGAUGAGGCCAUGCUUGCUAAAGCUAACACUAAGGUACAAGCGUUACGAGACUCGGUGCGAGCUUUAACAGAAGAAAGCAAGAAGUUGGAGAAGUUCUCGCUAGACGCAGAAGUUGAGCUAAAGCGGGGGCGGACAAAACUCAGCCAAGCAGGAAAGCAAAUCCAAGGUGUCAUCAGCACAGCUUAUAAGAUUGAAAGACAGGCAGGAGGCUUGAAAGACAUACUAAAGGAACUUCCUAAAAGAGAUGCUUCAGGAUUCCGGUCUCAAGUGUCCGAACUGGCAUCACAAGCUAAACGGGAAAGAAAAGUCCUUAAUAAAGAGGUUAAAAAGAUAUCUAAUUAUGGUAUCUCAGUCUGAGCACACAACCAUUGUAAGGUGAAUCAUGUCAAAAGUUGAAAUUCUCUUUCUAGCUUAAGAAGUCCCCUAGGCAUGCUUUUCCUUUUACUGGGCUUCUGUUUAAUGUUGUAGCCUAUACUCAUAAUAUGAUUUAAUGCAUCAUAGUGAUGGUCAUGCUCAAUUUUGGCAUCUUGGAAUAAUGUUAUAGUCUGAAGGAGGAACAAAUUUGGUUGCUGUUGAGGUUACUUCGAGGUUUCAUGAGUAAUGGUAUUGAUUUUGUGGUAAA